AUUUAAGGUGAGACGAGAGGCACAUGUUUUCCGGCAUAACCACAAGUCGUGGGCCCCAAAACCACCUCAUGGUCGUAAAAAUAUCACUCAAAUAAUAAAUCUACGAACCCAUAAUUGUAAACUUUUCAAGUUUUUCUUGCCGUUAUAAAAUCUUCCAUUUUUCUUUUUGUCACUUUUCCUUUUUUCCCAGAAGGCAUCUGUCCCCGAUCCCACCGUCUUCCUCAAUAAUAAUCACUUAAUCAUUCUUCUUUCACACCCAUCUCUCCAUUCUUGAUUUCCGUAAUCUUUUCAAUCAUAUUAUAAUCAUUCAACAAGCGUCCAUCAUUGAAUUUAAUUUAAUUUAAUUGAUUGGUUUGAAGAACUUGAAAUAAACAAGGGUAUUUGAUAUUUCAAGAUUCACCCUAAUUCGAAUCUUUUUCUUGGAUUAUCGAAUAAACCCGUCUCAAAUUCUUAGUUUUUUGUUCGAUUGUCGAAGAAUUUUUCGAGGAUCACGCGUUUGUGGAAUUUUGGGGACAAAAAAAUGGGAUCUUUUGCUGGACAUGUGGUUCCGGGGACACUGUUUCUUGUGGUAGGUGUUUGGCAUAUAUGGUGCAGCGUGGUCCGGUAUGCAGGGGAUCCGAGCUCGUUUCGUGUACGAGUGUGGAACCCUGUUCCGGGUUUUAACGAGAAGUUGAAGUAUUUGGAACUUUAUGUGAUAUCAGUUGGAGCUUUUAUUGAUAUGUGUAUAGAGCUUUUGUAUUCUACUCACCUUAAGUUCUUUGUUAACGGCGUCUUGAACCCGCAUCAUAUGAAUGAUUUUGAGCACGGUGGAAUGCUUCUGAUGUUCUUCGUUUUCAGUAUCGUUGCUUUGCUCUCUGAAAAAACCAGCUUUCUUCCAUUACCCGAAGGCGCGCUAUGCUUAAUAUCCGCCGCAGCAUUCUGCGCAGAGUAUCUUUUAUUCUUUUUCCACUCAACAACACACCAAGGUCUAGAGGGUCACUACCAUCUGCUUCUCGUUCUACUCGUGGCCCUUUGCAUUAUAUCAAUCGUCGCCGGGGCCCUCAUGCCCACAAGCUUCCCUGCUGACAUCUGCAGUGGCAUCGCCAUAACCCUUCAAGGCCUAUGGUUCUAUCAAACCGCAUUUACCCUCUACGGCCCUUCGAUGCCAGCUGGCUGUAAACUCGAAGAAAAUGAGAUUUCAUGCUCGUCACAUGACCAUGAGGUUCAUGGGCAGUUGCUAGCUAAUGUGCAGAUGUUCGGGCUUGUGUUCUUGGUUCUUGCCGGUGUUGUGGGGUCGUACAUUUUUGCGGAUAAAAGAUCUGGGAAGGAUGAGUUUGGAGUGAUUCAUAUGAAACCUCUUGAUGGAUUUCGCGAGGAGUUAUAAAGGGUUUUGUGUCAAAGUUUUCGACUUUUUUCGGUAGUUUAGAACUUGCAUAAGAUCAGGUACUUUGAACUUCUUAGUUUAUACUUUUUAGUAGUUUUCCUUUAUGUUAGUUGAAUUGUGUAGCACACAUAUUUUGUAAAAACUUUUUCUUUAAUAUUCGUUUGUGGUCCUA